UCGAUGAAACCGUACGCAACGGAGAGAAUCGAAGUGCGUACGCGCGCGUGUGUGUAUACGUGAUCCGGAGAGAGUUUUUUUUAACGACCAGGAGUUAUUGGCGAAACACGCGUCUCCUUAUAUUCGACAUUAUUCAUUUUAUUUAUUUAUUUAUUUUUUAAUUAUUUUUUUUUUCGCCGGAUAUUUAUAGCGAUUUGCUCGAAGGAUGCGUGUCGCGAUACAAACGAAGCGACUGAAGAAUUUCGUGGGUCCGAUCCAGAUUUUCGCGCACGACUAUUUUUGCGUAUCAUUAUAGACGCGAUAUUGACGCUGCGUGGCUUCAGGCCAAAUAGAACAAUCUUGUCUUUGUUUUUUUUUUUUGUUCUUUCUGAGGCAAAUACCGUUUGAUCGAGCAGAACAUCCACGAAGAAAAGCGCGACUUUGUCUUUUUUCCGAAGGUUGCAAAUCUUUGACGAGUUUGUCGUCCCCAAUUAGGUACGAGCAGUGAACGACGGGCGAGCGCGCGCACGGCCGACGGAGAAGAAGAACAGAAGGGAGCCCCCGCGUAAAAAUGCCGCACAUCACUGGAUCGCCGCUGCAGACGGAGAGGAAAUCCAGUGGCGCCAUGUACAAGGAGCUGAUCUUGUUCGCUACCGAGCUCGCGUGCUUCUACAAGCAGGGAGUAUCUGUUCCUAUGAGCACCUCUUGCUCCAUACAUUGUGAUGGAAAGGACACUAGCAAGGCUGGCUCAAAGAGGAUGGCGUGUGAGGUGUUCCUCGGAGGUUCGUGCAAUCCUACGACAUGGAGGGCCGACAUCGCUAUCCCGACGUUGCAGAGCCUUGGUAUCACCUAUUACAACCCUCAAGUAUCGUACUGGUGCCCAGAACUCAUCGCCGAAGAGUUUGAGGCGAAGGAAAGGGCACGAGUACUCCUGUUCGUCAUCGAUGAGCGAACGCGCAACACCGCCGGGAUAAUCGAGGCUGCCGAGCUUGCGGGCACUCGGCGAGACUCGCUCGUGCUCGUCAUUCAUCCCUACAGACAGGGGCAGUGCAUCCUUGGCGAGCCUGUCUCCAAUCAGGAAUACUGCGAGCUGACGAACGGACUGCUGGUGCUGCAGUACUUGACGGAGAGACAGAGGAUACCGAUAUUCGAGAGCAUAUCGGCCGCGCUUCAUUGCACGUCCAAGAUUCUGCGCAACGCAGUCAGCGUUAAAGAUUUGCAAUGCGAGGAUGAAAUCAGGUCAUCUAGAAUCUCAUUCGGUCAACACGGAACUGAUGUCACAAAGUUGAGCGAAGCAUUCAAAUCGAUGGACUCGAACGACACGGGAACGAUAAGUUUAGCCGAGGCGCUGAUGUUAUUGCAGAACAACGGCAACUGUAAUAAUCUUUCGGUUUCCGAUCUGCGCAACUUCUUAAACAAAGCAGAUAUUCAUGAGAAAGCAAUGCUAGAGAAAUUAUCAAGCAACGGAGAUCCACGGGAGCAGCGCGUGAGCUUUGAGCAGUUCUGCACGAUAUCAAACGAGUGGUCGUGGCGGGUGAAGGGAACAAAUGGAGUGAGCUGCGAAAGUGAGAUACCUUCAGUUUGGCGUAUAUUAAGUAGGAAGGCCUCAAAGUUUCUGCGCAGAGCUUUCGUUCAACCUUUUAAUCAUUUUAUAGACUGGACCAACUCUAUUAUAACGGAUACGGAGAAAAGAGACCUAUAUAUUGGCGUAAUAGGGAAAGAUUCACUUUGGUUAGAGUCGUCAGCAGCACCACUUAUCGAGUCUCUGAGCUUGACAUUUUAUCGUCCAAGUACAAAUGAUUUUAUCGCUCGAGUAUUACCUUUAGAGUUGCAGCGCAUGAAGAACUCACGUCUAAUAAUGCUUGUUGUACCGCAUCAUGCGCGCGGGAUGGCAAUAAUGACACUCGCCGCCCACCUUAUUGGAUUACACGUCAAACUCGUUCUAUGUAUUCAACCUCUUCCAGAGGGUAUCUCCAUAUCUGGAGAAAAGUUGACAGAGCAAGCAACAAAAGACUACAAUAGAGGUAGAACAUACCUAUCAGACAUGGCGACGCGCGAAGAUGUACCUGUUUAUGAAAAUAUCGCGGAUGCGCUGCAGCACGCGAUACAAAUAGUUCAAAGUCCUUGCUGACUUUACGACAUCUGUAAUUUUUAAUUUAAAAAACAAUCAUGCGCGAAAACUUCAUUAAUUAUUUUCGACAAAGGUAAACAAAAACUAAUUUAUUUUUUAUUCGAUCUAAAUACCAUUGUAUAUUUUAAUUCGUCAUUUAUCGUUAAAAACUUGUACUGAAUAACGUUAAUCUCUCUCUAAUUCUUUUUUUAUUACAGCUAACUUCUACUUUAAGUAGCUAAUUAUUAAUUAGUAUUAGUUAUCAACUACAAAUCGUAUUUUUUAAGAUUCAACGGUAGUUUGAUUUACUUUGUAUAAUCUGAUUUUGCGUGCAACAAGUUGAUAAUUAUUUCGUAAUAUUUUUUUCAAUUCUUGUACAUAGUCACAUUAUUAAUUAUUUUUAAUGGUUUACUGAUUAUUAAUUUUUGAUCUGAAUAUAGUAAGAUAGUAAGAUAAGACGCGAGUAUCUUCAAGAUGCUAAUGUUUUUGAAAAAUAUAUAAAAGAACAUUACAUGCGACCACGAUGAAAGUAAAAUAAAAAACUUCACUGUAAAGAUACAGAAACUAUAAUCUCAAUUCUUAAUUUAAUUAUUAUAUUGUAAAAUCAUUGAUACCAUAUGUAAAAUAUUCACACAGCCAAAGGACCGUGUUAAAUUAUUAGCUUAAGUAAUCAUGUGCCUAAUUGUUCAGAUGUAAUUUUCAUUCAUGAUGUGAAUUCCGUGAUGCGCAUAUGAUUUCGUAUUUUAUUUUUGGAUUUGUAUUUUUUACGCAUUCACCAACGUAUUACGUGCUUGUGAAAUUAACGAAUAUUGUAAAAAAGCAUUUAUAAUUUAUGAAAAAGUAAAUUAUCUUCGACUUGGUCGCAAAAAUUCGAUCGAGUUUUAUUAGGUUUUUUUACCUUCAAUUAUUGUGUAAGUGAGAACUGUUUUGUGGAACAAGCUUUUUGUAUUUUGUUUGUAUCAAAUAAAUAAAAAAUACUGACAAAAACUCAGGAAAUCUGCGUGUAUUAUACAAAUUUGAGAACUUAUCUAUGAAUGAUUAACGGCAGGGUACAAGCAAUAUAAUUUAAUUUAAACGAACGAUUGAGGCAAAUAUAUAUAUGUAUAUAUAUGAAAUUAAUUGCUUAGAAUUGAUACACUAAAAGAUUUCCUUUUCUCCAAAUUAUUAAAAAAGUUAGUAUUUGAAAUUAUUAGAUUACUGUUACUAAUUUAUUUCUUUGUUAACUGAAAAAUAUUUACUAAUAAAAAUUACAUUAUAUGAGGAUAACAUUACAAGACAUUGUAAUUAUGUUGCUUGGUGUAAAUUUUAUAAAAAAAUUUUACUUUGUUAUAGAAGAAAACUAAUUGUCACAAAUUAAAAAAAUAAAUUUAUAU